CAACUCCAAACCGCAGGACCAGCUGAGUAGAAACCAGACAACUACCCCCCCUCCGAAUUUCCUCCCAUGGCGCAUCACGACGAACGCAUCCUGGCUGCUGCCCAGAAGCAUGCCAUUGUUCCCUUGGAGAAGGGGCAGCUAUACAAGUAUGGCACUGCGGGGUUCCGCAUGAAGGCUGACCUGCUCGACGGCGUCACCUUCCGCGUCGGCUUGCUGGCGUCCCUGCGCAGCCGCAAGCUCAACUCCCAGACCAUCGGUGUCAUGAUCACCGCUAGUCACAACCCCGCCGUCGACAAUGGUGUCAAGAUCGUCGACCCCAUGGGCGAGAUGCUCGAGCAGGACUGGGAGCACCUUGCGACCAACCUCGUCAACGCUCCUACCCCGGAGGACCUUGUCCAAUACUACAACCAGCUUGCGACCGACCUCAAGAUCGACCUGAGUGCUCCCGCCAAGGUCAUCUAUGGACGCGACACGAGGCCAUCCGGUCACACUCUUGUCACCGCCCUUGCCGCCGCCCUGGAAGCUACCGAAACAGAGCAGGUCGACUACAAGAUCUUGACUACCCCUCAGCUGCACUACUUGGUCCGCGCUACCAACACCGAGGGCACCCCCACCUCCUACGGCGAAGUCAGCGAAGUCGGAUACUACAAGAAGAUGGCCGAUGCCUUUGUUCGCGCCUUGAAGGGCAGGAGAAUCAACGGCCCCUUGAUUGUCGAUUGCGCCAACGGUGUCGGAGGUCCCAAGCUCGCCGAGUUCCUCAAGCACGUUCCCCAGGACAAGGUCAAUUUUGAGGUCAAGAUCGUCAAUGACGACGUUCUGCGUCCCGAGGUCCUCAACCUCGAGUCCGGUGCCGAUUUCGUCAAGACCAAGCAACGCGCUCCCCCCAAGCCCGCGCCCCAGCCCGGCGUAAGGUCCUGCUCUCUUGAUGGCGAUGCCGACCGCUUGAUCUACUACUGGAUCGAUCCCGAUACCGGCUUCUUCAUGCUCGACGGUGACCGCAUCUCCUCUCUUGCUGCCUCCUUCAUCGGUGACCUUGUCGAGAGCGCCGGUCUCAAGGAUGAGCUCCGCAUUGGUGUUGUCCAGACCGCCUAUGCCAACGGUGCUAGCACCAACUACAUCCGUUCCCACCUUAAGCUGCCCGUCAUGUGCACUCCCACGGGCGUCAAGCACCUUCACCACGUCGCCCAGAGCUUCGAUAUCGGUGUCUACUUUGAGGCCAACGGCCACGGCACCGUUCUCUUCUCUCCUGAUGCUCUGAGAGCCUUCAAGACCACCGAGCCGCAGUCUCCCGCCCAGCAAGAUGCUCUCACCACCCUUGCCGCCCUCAGCGACCUGAUCAACCAGACCGUCGGUGACGCCAUCUCCGACAUGCUCCUCGUUGAGGUCAUCCUGGCGCACAAGAACUGGUCCCUCCGUGACUGGGCCAUGACCUACAACGAUCUUCCCAACAGGCUCGUCCGCGUUGUCGUUGGCAACAAGGAUCUCUUCCAGACCACUGAUGCCGAGCGUCGCCUGUCCCACCCCGAAGGUGCCCAGGAGCAGAUCGAUGCCGCCGUCAAAAAGUACAAGGAUGCCCGUGCCUUUGCCCGCGCCAGUGGUACCGAGAACGCCUGCCGUGUGUACGCCGAGGCCGCCACCAACAGUGAGGCCACGGAGCUCGCCAAGCAGGUUGCGCAGAUUAUUGAGCGAUUCGGCGGAAACAGCCAGUAGAGCGGGUAUGGUUUUAGUUCGAAUUCAGAUAGUGAUGAUUUUGCGGAGUAUUAUAUACGGCGUUUGUGGGUUAAUCGGAGCGGGCAAGAUCUUGAUGCAUUUCUUAAAAGGCGAAAAGAAGCCAUGAAUGGACGUUAUGAAACAGCCAAAGAGUUUUAUGAGCGGCGAGAGAUGGAACAACGCGCGGAAGAGCGUUCGAGGCGCCAGUUUCUGCGGACGCUUCCCGGGCAGACGCCUCUUAAUGAUUAUAAUGUCCAUCCUCAACCUGAUGCGCCGCUCGCUACUCCGUCGUCGUCGUCGUCGUCUAUGACUAGAUCUUCUUCUCAGCAUAAUGAUACUUCUAGUACUGACAGCCGCGGCAAUCAAGAUUCUGGUCGCACAUAU